AUGAAGCAACCUACCCAUGGCAAUAAUUUUAAUUUAAAAUUAAUUUUUAGAAAAUUAAGGGGUGUAAAAGUAGAGAGAGUUGAGAUUAAGGAUGUCAGACUGCCAUAUCAACUUCAGAGAGCGAUGGCUACUGAAGCAGAAGCAACACGCGAAGCGCGCGCCAAAGUAAUAGCCGCGGAAGGAGAAGAAUUAUCUUCCAGAGCUUUGUACCAAGCCGCGGAACUAAUUUCUCAAUCUCCCUCAGCUAUUCAUUUGGCAAUGCUACAAACGUUGAAAGCAAUUAGUGCUGAGAAGAAUCAAACAAUUGUUUUGCCCAUUCCUGUCGAAAUUGUUAGAUGGAUUGGAAAAAUGUAA